UCAAUCCUACUUAGUUUUCGGAGCAUGCUUGAAUAACUUCAAAUCUUCACCAGUUUAAUACCCAUUCGGUCGAUGUCAACAUCGACAUUAAAAGCCAAACAUAAUAUUUUUGCUAUUGUUUGCAAUUAGAGAUUGUAUUAUGGACCGGUUUUAUGUCAAAUUUAUAAAUCUUAAUUUUUAUUUGGCCAUUCUCCCAUUCCGGGUCGAUUUGCUGAAAACGAAGAACAGUUACGGGGAAGUGGUACAUCAUUACCAAUUAGUGCAAGGCCACUCAGUGCAGCGACUAAUUGCUGGUGUUAUAUUGGGAAUGGAUGUUUUUCAAGGAAUUUUUCUAACUCGUGGAGCAUACUGGGGAUUAGUCGUGGAACAACCCUCGGUCCUGUUCCUUAUUUGGAAAACGCUACACAAUUCGCUCAUACUUUUCAUUCUCUGGGGGUGGACAUUUUGGAGGAGGGGAAAACAUUUGGCACUUGAAAAGAUUCUGAACUACCUUUUGAAAAAUAGGAGGGCUGCAGAGCACGUUGAAAACUAUCAUAAUCACAACAAUGAUGAGGAGGAGGAGGAACGAAACCGAGAAUAUUGGGUGCACGGCAGCCUUAAGUGGACUAUUAUUUUCUGUUUCGGCCUUCUCUUUCCGAUUGGAGGAGAACUCUUGCAAAUCUUUAAUUUUGACGGCCACAGGAGACCACCCACGCUGGAGGCCAACUUCCGCCUUUCUUCGGCCCAAGUUCUCUUCGAUCUCUGUUUGGUGAAAAAUCAUACUCAUAUUUCAGAGAAAGACUUUACACCAUCGUAUUUCUCGGUAUCGGUGAUUUACAUGACUCUCCGCACUUGGGGAAAAGUAAUUCUGGGCAUGUCGCAUGUUCUGAUGUUUUUGGCGUCAUUAACCUUCUACUUGGAGGUGAAACAGUUGUACAAGGAUGCUUUUUCUACCCAAUACAGUUUAAAGAGCCUUAUCUACAAAUUUAUUCAUUUAAGGCGACUGAUUCAUCUGCUUAAUAACGUUAAUCGCCCUAUAUUUCUCUGCCUCGUAUCCGCAAGUGUUCCUCUGAUGGUCCUGCGAGUAAUCAAUGCUUGGGACUCGUCUCAACUAUCUAUACAGUUUAUCAUUCUAAUCAAAGUUGUACAAUUUUUAGCAAUUAUACUAAUUUCUGCGGAAGCCAAUCACAAAGCCAUCUUGCUCAAGACACGAUUGCUGGAAUUAUGCCAUCGUGACAAUACUGAAGGAAGACUAUGGUCAGGCCACAUUUUUCGGGCAGAUUUGGGCCUAGAUGCUGGGAAAUUUGUCAAAAUGUCGUUUUCAUUCAUUGGAUCGAUGUUUAGCGUAUAUUUAUCAUACGCAAUAAUGCUGUUACAGAUUUCACCCUGCAAGAACAGAAAAUAAAAUUUGUAUGGAAAAAUUUUGACGGUCUAUUUAUAAUUCUAGCUUAAUAAUGCUUUUGUAAUAAUAUGUUUUUUAAAAUACUGUAGAAAAUGGUUAAUACAAAGCAGCUAUAAAAAUAGCCAAUUACAAUUACAUGAAUAUUUAAUUUCUAAUGACAUGUUACGACUUAAAUACGUUUAAAUGAGUUUACAUUUAUCGAACAAAUAUAAAUAA